CUUUGUCAGCAGACGACGCGGACCAAUCGUGUUUACCUACCGUGCUUUAACGGCAAGCGUAAACACAUAGGGUUGCAGUUGAUCUCACGAGAUAUUUUCAAGGUUUUGCAAGUACAAUAAUGAUCUUACGGUUAAAGUGAAAAUGGUUGGAAAAUAUGGUCCCCUUAUUGGAGCAAUUGAUCAAGGGACUAGUAGCAGUCGAUUUUUGGUUUUCUCAGCCCAAAGAGCAGAGCUCAUCACUUACCACCAAGUAGAAGUUAAACAGUUGACACCCGCGGAAGGAUGGGUAGAAUCCGACCCAUUGGAACUUUUGCAGACUGUGAUCGAGUGCGUUAGCAAGACGGUCGAGAAUUUGAAAAGCUUGGAAAUCGAUCCUGGAGACAUCAAGGCAGUUGGCGUUUGCAACCAACGGGAAACAACUAUAGUAUGGGACAAACAGACAGGGAAACCGCUUUAUAAUGCCAUCAUUUGGCUGGACGCCCGCACAAAGAGUACGGUAGAAAUGUUACUUGCCAAAGUACAGGGCGGAAAUAAGGAUUUCUUGAAGAAACAUUGUGGCCUUCCCAUUAGUACUUAUUUUAGUGCGCUUAAACUCAAAUGGCUAAUAGAUAACGUCCCUGAAGUGCGAGACGCGAUUGCCGAAAAUCGCUGCUUGUUUGGAACUGUUGACACGUGGCUGAUUUGGAAUUUGACUGGCGGAAUCAAAGGUGGUUUACAUCUAACUGACGUGACUAAUGCAUCCCGUACCAUGCUGAUGAAUCUCGAAACUCUGAACUGGGAUCCAUAUUUGCUUAAGUUCUUCGACAUACCAGCAUCCAUUCUGCCGCAGAUCCGGAGCUCGUCCGAAAUUUAUGGCUUCCUGACGGCGACGCCAUUAGGUGGGACCCCAAUUUCAGGCUGUCUGGGAGACCAACAAUCUGCUUUGAUUGGUCAACUCUGCCUUGAGCCCGGACAGGCUAAGAUGACUUACGGUACCGGUGGGUUCUUGUUGUACAACACUGGCAUUCAGCCGGUCCAGUCGGAACACGGAUUGAUUACAACGGUUGCCUACCAAAUGGGAAAAAACAAGCAGCCGUACUACGCGAUGGAAGGAUCCAUUGCCGUUGCCGGUCUCGCUCUAAGCUGGUUGAAAAACAAUCUGAAUUUGAUCUCCGAUUUCCAGGAAUGUGAGGUGCUUGCUUCCUCCGUAGCAAACACUGGAGGCGUUUAUUUCGUCCCAGCUUUCUCGGGGCUGUACGCCCCGUACUGGAGGAUGGAUGCUAGAGGAGUCGUUUGCGGACUGACCCAGUUUACCACCAGGGCUCAUUUAGCUCGGGCCACACUCGAGUCGGUGUGCUAUCAAACACGAGAUAUCGUAGAAGUGAUGACGCGUGAUGCCGGUGCUCAUAUCACGUCGCUGCGUGUCGACGGUGGAAUGACACAAAAUAAUGUUUUACUGCAGCUCCAGGCUGACAUUCUUGGCAUUCCCAUUGUAAGGCCAACAAUGACGGAAACGACGGCCCUGGGCGCUGCCAUGGCAGCUGGUAAUGCCGAAGGCAUAGAUGUUUGGAGUUUGGAAUCCCUGGAUCAGAAUACCAUCACCAGUGACGUAUUUACGCCAGCCGUCACGGAAUCAGACCGAGAUUCGCGUUACGCUCGUUGGAAAGACGCUGUCAAGCGUACUCUGGGCUGGGAAACGAUCAUUGACGAUGGCAGCGCUGACCCAGAGCGUCGCAAGCGGUUGUUGGGAUCCGUCAGUGGCACCUUGUUCCUCUUCUCUUCGUUUGUUAUCCUGGUCGCGGCCAGGAAGUAUCGAAGCACCCUCAGGUAGUAGUUUUGAAACGUAAAUUUCGUAUCCCUUCCCUCACUGGCCAAGGUUGUGUUGUUGUCCGAGUCGUUGUGAGACGUCCAGUCCGACUUUUCGUCGUCUGGAAAAUAUCAGAGGAAAAGCUGCCCUCGGAAAUGGUAAACAGGUGCAGAGGCUAUCAAAAGGUUGUGAUGUAACAUCACCUAGAACGGUUGUAUUUCAGUGAUUUGAAUAUUCACAGAGGCUUCUUUCCCUUAUAGGUUUCCUAGAAAGCUCUUCCAUUGUAGUCGGUUGUUUUUAACAGUCCAAUUUGUUUUAGUUGCCUGAUUGUAGUGUGGUCAAAUAAAAUCUCUUAAUUGAA